AGCGCAGGUACCUAGGCCGUAGGUAUACAACUACCACAAAGUUCCAAGUUCAUGCCCGUCCCCUCCAUUCACAGCCCACGCGCAGUCUUUCUGGUCAACUAAGCCAGCUGGAGCAUUCUACUCUUCUCUUGUUCACCAGUCUCAAUACUCUCCUCACUGCCGUCGACAGUACACUAUCCUAUCCGGCGCAGAACGACCACCUACCUGACCCUCUCUGCCCCUCCCUUCAUCCCACCUCAGUCCUUCUGGUCGUUUUCUUCUUCCACCAUGUCCAAAACCAUUCAAAUCGAAUCGACCUCGCAGUUCUCCGCCCUUUUGUCUUCCUCCGCCAUCGUCGUCGCCGACUUCUACGCCGACUGGUGCGGCCCAUGUCGCCAAAUCGCCCCGAUCUACGAACAACUCUCGGCCCAACUGUCGCGCCCGAACAAAAUCACAUUCGCAAAGAUCAAUACUGACCAACAAGUCGAUUUGGCUCGAUCAUAUGGCGUCAAAGCGAUGCCGACGUUCAUGAUCUUCAAAAAUGCACGGCGGGUUGAAUUUAUUGAGGGUGCCGAUCCGAGACGUCUUUCGAAUGCUGUGAAACAAUUGGCUACUGAGGCGAAUAAGAUGGAAGCCGAUGAGUCUGCUGGUGAAGGAGGUUCUGGCAGUGGAAAUUGGUUAGGUGCAGAACUCCCCCGGGGGUACGAUGAUGUUACGGCGCAGGUUGAUGUGUUGGGGAUGGAGCUGUUGAAUUGGGAUUCGGAGUUUGGGAAUGCGAGGACUUUGAUUAGGGGGGAGAAACCGAGAGGUCAACCAGAAGCCAAAAAAGACUGGGUGCAAAGCGACACGGACGAACAACUCAUGCUCUACAUUCCUUUCCAAUGUACUCUCAAGAUCCACUCGAUACAACUCACUUUCCUCGUGCCGGAAAACACAGAUGACGAUGAGUCUCCCAGCAGACCCAAGUUGAUCAAGCUGUACACGAACCGCCCGCGAGUUUUGGGAUUUGAUGAGGCAGAAGAUACGCAGGCGACUCAGGAAAUCACGCUGUCAGAGAAAGAUUGGGAUCCAAAGACCGGUACUGCCAAGAUGGACUUGCGGCUGGUCAAGUUCCAGAAUGUGUCGAGCUUGGUUGUCUUUGUUGUCGAGAGCGAGGGAGAUAAUGAAAAGGUUCGGCUUGAUCGGAUUAGAAUCAUUGGCGAGACGGGCGAGAAGAGGGAUGGCAAGAUUGAGAAGAUUGCUUCGGAUGAAUGAUAUGAGAAAUGAGAGUUAACGAUGGCGUCCAUGCUGAGACAAACAAUGGCAGUUAGAUUACUAAAGGGUGCCGGUUACGUGUCCCAGAGUGAAAACAAUGAAUAGAGCCUGAGCAGAGAAGACUGGAGAAAUCAAUCAAAUCACGAAGCAUUGAGAAUCAAAGCAUCAGGUCAACAUUG